AUGGCGAAGAUCAUGAGAUAUUUUGUCUUUGAACUUCUGGAGGGUGUGAAGACGAAGGAAAUCCCUAUUACUAGGGAUUUCAUCAGUAUGUUAGAGGUUGAGACCAAGGGAGAUGAUAGAGAAAAAGGGCGGAUGGACGAAGAAACUCUCAAGGAUGAUGUGACGCUCAAUCUCACAUUGGGCAAUCUUUACAUGAACAAUGCACAAGGGUUGAUGAAUACUGAGGCUUCUGUGGAGAAACCCACCAUUAAUUCUCAAGAGUUAUGCGAGGAAAAGUUUGUGUUGAUGAAAUCAGAGAAUUCUAUAGAGAAAGGUAAACAAAUCAAGAAUUCUCUUGAGGAAGAGGAGGUUUGGUAUCACAAUGUACACAGGACAAUGAGAGUAGAGUUGCCCAUGAACCCUCCUUCCGUGGAUAGCACCAAAAAGUCUAAGAAGAGAGCUUCAAAGAGGAAGUUUUUUGAAAGUGAAAGUUCUGAAACAAAAGUUGUAAAGCCAAAGAAGCAGAGGAAGAACAUGCCACAAACGGGUCCAAACCCAAAACCUGACCUACCCACAAGGUUUAAGAAUUUAAUUAGAGGCGUGGGGGGUUCUGAGCCUGUGUUGGUGAUACAAAAACACUUGUCCCAUACAGACGUUAGUGACCAACAUGGUCGACUAUCGAUACCUAUGGGUCAAGUCGAACAGGGUUUUGAACUAGAUGACGAUGAGAAGAGAGAAGUGGACUUGCGCAAUAUUCAUGGAAAGAACUAUGGUGAAAUAUCAGCAUGGAUAAUGGGACCAUCCACGGAAAAAAGCCAGAUAAAGUUGAGGAAGUGGGGCACGAAGAAGCCUGGCCCUGGUGGUGAAAAUAAUCCAAUAUUUGGUCAUUCCAACUCAGUUCACAACGGUGGUUUAUUCUUGUUAGAGUCUGAACCGAAGAAGAAGAAGGAUCGAGUCAUGGAAAUAGCAAUGAUGAUGGUGCAAGCACUAGCAGAAGAUUAG